GGAGGGGCAUAGCAGUCCAUUCACAAGCCCACCCUAUGCACUGCAAAUUUGCAUUGCCGUCCCACCACAACCCCACGAGCUCUUAAGAUAAACCAAAUCCAUUAGCACCAGAGCAGAGGUGAGCAGAUGCAACUUGCUCUGCAAGACGUAGCCGAUGAGCAGCGAGCGAUCAAAAGAGAAAGCACAAUUUGAUUGCUUCCUUCCUCCCUUAGCCCCCUUGUUGGUGUCUGUUUGUCUCCUCUCUGUGUUGUGCCCCGCCCUGCUGUUCUGCCACUGUUCGUUUCUCCUGGAGCAGUUCUUGUAGGGCACCGGAGGCAGAGGAGGAAGGUGAGCUGCUGCUUCUUUUGUCGUCCUCCCUUCUUCCUCACUCGUUUUUUUCCUUAAUUUUCAAGAGGAGAUUUUGGGAUUCAUUUUAGCGUCAAGCAAGCUCAGUGAAAGUUCCCUCGGAGAAGAAAUCGUGGUUUUCUGGUAUGAUCUUUGCGUGGUGGCGGGCAAAUAAUCGGCCCCAACAAGCCCCUCGUUUCUCUUGCCUUUCUCCCCAAAUUCUUUCUCGCGCUGCCUCCCCUGAUCUUCUUGGCACCGGCGGGAGGCUCGUCUCGUGCCCGGCGCAGGUGCUGCCGCUCCCUCUGCCUGCGCGGUGUGAGAUCCAGCUCGGCGGAGGAGGAGUUCUUGGCCUCGAGGCGGACCCAGAUCUUGAUGCAGAUGCCGAGCAGUUUACUGAUCUAGAGGAGGUUUCUGGUUGGGUUGGGUUGGGUUCUUGACCCGAUUUGGUGGGCGCUUUGCCACUGGGAUAGGGGGACAGUUAGGCCUGCUGGAUCUUUAUCACUAGUUGUUGGUCCUGUCCUUUCCGUUAGGGGGCUAGAAGCAUUCACAUGGCAGCAGCCACCGGCUUGGUACUUUUUUGACGGGUUGGUUAAGCUCUGUGGGGUUGUUGUGCUGCUUCUUGCUUCUCAUUUGGUGGUGAUUGGUGAGGGGGGAGAGGAAGAGGAAGAAGAAGAAGAGCAAGGGAGAACAAAAGAAAAGGAUUUUUUUUUCUUUUUUCGGGUUAUUUUUCGGUGUGGCACAAUGAAGUAUAUGAAGCUUGGAUCGAAGCCGGAUACCUUUCAGACAGAGGGAAACAAUAUCAGGUUUGUUGCAACAGAGCUGGCAACAGAUAUUGUUAUCUCCAUAGGGGACGUCAAGUUUUAUCUUCACAAGUUCCCUCUUCUAUCGAAGAGUUCACACUUGCAAAGAUUAGUGGCGUCAAGCAAUGAGGAGAAAAAUGAUGAAGUGGAUAUCUCUGACAUCCCUGGUGGAUCUUCAGCAUUUGAAAUUUGUGCUAAGUUCUGCUAUGGCAUGGUUGUAACACUCAAUGCAUAUAAUGUCCUCGCUGCCCGCUGUGCGGCUGAGUAUCUAGAAAUGUUUGAGACCAUUGACAAAGGAAACCUCAUCUACAAAAUUGAUGUGUUCUUGACAACAAGCGUAUUUCGCACCUGGAAGGACUCAAUCAUAGUCUUACAGAGCACAAAGUCACUACUACCUUUGUCGGAAAAUUUGAAGGUAAUCAACCACUGCAUUGACUCUAUUGCAUCCAAGGCAUCAAUUGAUCCGUCAGAGGUUGAAUGGUCAUACACCUACAACAGGAAAAAACUCCCAUCUGAGAAUAGUAUCGACACUCAUUGGAAUGGUGUCAGGAAGCAGCAGAUAGUACCUAAUGACUGGUGGGUUGAAGACCUUUGUGAGCUCGAUGUGGAUUUGUACAAGCGGGUGAUCAUGACCAUCGACGCUAAGGGAAGAACACCGGCUAUAGUAAUUGGAGAAGCACUGAGGGCGUAUGCAUACCGGCGGCUGCUUGGUUCCCUAGAAGAUGCUGUAAGCAAUGGAGUGGAUUGCACAAAACGUCGUGCAGCUCUUGAUGCUAUCGUAUUUCUCUUGCCCACUGAGGAAGGUUCAGUGUCAUGUGGUUUUCUUCUUAAGCUGCUAAGAGCUGCAUGCUUGCUGGAAUCUGGGGAGUCCCUUCGCAAUAACUUGAUCAAGAGAAUAGGCACACAAUUGGAUGGUGCUUCAGUUUCGGACCUCCUUAUACCAGCAAAUACAGGUGAAAACAGUGUAUAUAACAUAGAUUUGAUCAUGGCAAUAGUGGAGGAGUUCAUGUUGCAGAGUAGUGAUAAUGGCAAGGCGAAUUUUCAAGAAGAUGAAGAAAUUGUGGAGAUUGAGAACCUGACUUCUGUUUCCAGCACGUCAAAACUGGCAGUUGCAAAGCUGAUUGAUGGAUAUCUUGCUGAGAUUGCCAAAGAUCCCAAACUUCCUCUUCCAAAGUUGAUUGUGCUUGCUGAAAUGGUGUCUUCUCUACCCCGACCAACACAUGACGGGCUCUAUCGAGUCAUUGACAUGUAUCUGAAGGAGCACCCUAGCCUAUCAAAGAGUGAAAAGAAGAAAUUAUGCGGAUUGAUGGACUGCAAGCAGCUGUCGCAGGAUGCGUGCAUGCACGCUGUGCAGAAUGAGCGCCUCCCCUUGCGCGUGGUUGUGCAAGUUCUCUUCUUUGAGCAAAUCCGAGCGUCAGUUGCGUCUGCAAGGAGUGACCCUUCAGCUGAGCUUCCCUCCACUGUUCGCUCUCUUCUUCCCAGAGAGAAUGGCAACUCCAUUGGCAGCUCCAGGUCAGCUGCCACAACGACAACGGAGGAGGAAUGUGGGGUCCCGACAUCGAGUGACAUAAACUCAUUCAGAUCGAUGAGGCUGGCCAACAACAGCGACAGCAGCGAGAGGAGCAGUGGCAGCAGUGACAUCAACAAGAAUGGUGAAGACAAGAGUGCCGCGGGGAAGGCAAAGGGAAUGCUGAUGCCAAAGAAGAUACUGAGCAAGCUCUGGUCUGGCAAAACGAGCGCCGAUGACAACAGCAGCUCAGACACGACGGAGAGCCCUGGGUCCAUCAACCCGGAGGUGAAGUCCACGCCGUCACGGAUCACAAGGCAUUUGUUGCCCUAGUUGCCGGGGUUAACUGAGCCACAGCCAUUGUUUUGUUCUUGCUCUUGGUUUGCCUUUACUUGAAAGUAGUAGCAAUCUUAGAAGUGGAAUACUAUUACUGGGCUAUUGGCUUCACUUGUCAUAUCGCCAAUUAGUUUUUAGCAUGGAAAAAUGCUGGUAAUUGGAGUAGGCUUGGUCAUUGGUGAUGUUUUAAGCAAAGUUUCAAGGGAUAAUGCUGUAUUUUUUCGAUGGAAAUACAAAGAAAGUACAGGUCUUACAAUU